AUGACAUCGAUAGGAACCGGUUAUGAUCUCUCUGUGUCGACUUAUUCACCUGAUGGAAGGUUGUUCCAGGUCGAAUACGCCAACAAAGCUGUCGAGGCUGCUGGUGUCGCAAUCGGUCUUCGAUGUUCAGACGGUGUAGUCCUCGGUGUCGAGCGACUCUUACAUUCCAAAUUACUAGUGAAAGGUGCAAAUCGAAGAAUAGCAUCGUUAGACGAACACAUCGGUAUUGCCUCUGCGGGGUUGUUGGCAGAUGGGAAACAUUUGGCCAGGAGGGGUAGAGAGGAAGCUAGUAGUUUUAGAGAGAAUUAUAAUAGUCCGGUAUCUGUUCAGAUCCUCUCCGACCGAAUCUCAGCCUACCUCCAAGCCUACACAUGUUACGGUUCCGUUCGUCCCUUCGGUCUCUCAUCCAUCAUCGGUGGAGUAGACAAGACCGGACCAAAACUGUUCUGCAUCGAACCUUCAGGUGUAUACUACGGUUAUAGGGCGGUCGCAUCGGGUAAAGGAAAAGCAUUAGCCAAGACUGAAUUGGAGAAGAUUGUGAACAAGUAUCUGGAUGCGGAACAAUCUGGAUCUGGGUCCGGAUUGACAUGUAGAGAAGCUGUCGAUGAAGUAGCUAGGAUUAUAUACCUCGUUCACGACGAUAACAAAGAUAAAGAGUUCGAACUGGAGAUGACGUGGAUCUGUCAAGAGAGCGGUAAUAAACAUGCACCAGUCCCUGAGGAUUUGUUGAAAUCGGCUGAAGAGAAGGCUAAAGCUGCUUUGGAAGAAGGUAUGGAAGAGGAUUGA